AUAUUUAUUGAAACCGAAAGAAAUAAAAAUAAAAUAUAUAUACUAGGUAUAGCACCUUAACUCACAACGAAUAUGGAGGGACCAUGGGCUUUCGUGGGAACCACGCUUCCACACAUACCACUUCCACCAAUUUCUCAGCGACAGCCAAUCCGAACAGAGCGACUAUUGAUUCGACCAAUGCGGGAGGAUGAUCUUCAGGCUUAUCACGAGUUGCGCUUACAGCCAGAAGCAAUGGCCUGUAGUAGACAGGGGAGACCUGACCACGACAUUGAAGAGACUCGAUCAGCGCUGAACAAAUUUUUACCGCCACACAGCGACGAGACGUUCUUGUACGGCGUCUUUCUUCCGUCUACGGGCGAAUUAAUCGGGGAGGGAGGUAUUCAUACGCUAGAAUCUUCAUCGUGUGGUUGGCCCGAGAUUGGGUACAGAUUCCGGAAAGAGGUUUGGGGUCAGGGGUACGCGACUGAGUUCCUGAGGGCGUUGCUCAAAGCUUGGUGGGAUCUGCCUAGGAACCAGACUACACUCCGUGUUCAUUCGACAUCUGUUCAAAAGGGAAGCAGUGUGGAUGCUGUAGAACAGAUCCAUGCCAACACGGACUUGCCAAAUAUAGGAAGUCAGAAGGUCUUGGCAAAACUUGGGUUUAUACAGUUCUCGAAGUACAUGGAGCCGGACACACAGGAGGAUAAGCUGGGUGAGCCACUGGAAUUAAUUGGUUAUAGGCUUCCUUUUCCGGAAGAUAGUAACAGAAAUUAA